CAGAGGAUCGACCAACCCGAGGACGGAUCUUUUCAAAGAAGGGAAAGGACUGAGAAGAGGAUUGAAGAGGAGUUUUCGGAGGAGUUCAGCCCACCAGUUACCGUGGCGUCCGUGGUCCACCAGUUUGUGUCCCCUGUGCGUCCCUGUCCGUGUUGCAUUCGCACCCCCAGCUGGGUAACGGUUGUCAACAUGGCCCGUAUGAACCGUCCGGCGCCUGCCGAGGUGUGCUACAAGAACAUGCGGCUACUCAUCACGCACAACCCCACCAACUCCACCCUGAACAGCUUCAUUGAGGACCUUAAGAAGUACGGAGCCACGACGGUGGUGAGAGUGUGUGAGGUCACCUAUGACAAGGCUCCACUGGAGAAGGACGGCAUCACCGUGGUGGACUGGCAGUUUGACGACGGCGCGCCCCCUCCCUCUAAGGUGGUGGAGGACUGGCUGAGUCUGCUAAGGUCCCGUUUCCUAGAGGAUCCAGGCUGCUGCGUAGCUGUGCACUGUGUGGCUGGACUGGGCAGAGCCCCGGUGCUGGUGGCGUUGGCACUGAUCGAGAGUGGGAUGAAGUAUGAGGACGCCAUCCAGUUUAUCAGACAGAAGCGCCGAGGGGCGAUCAACAGCAAGCAGCUGACCUACCUGGAGAAGUACCGACCCAAACAGAGACUGCGCUACAAAGACCCACACAUCUUCAAGAACAAGUGCUGCAUCAUGUGACCCCUCCUCUCCUGCUCAGCCAAUCAUCUGCCUGCCACCGACUGAUCUGACGACGACGGACGAGUCCAUAGCCAAUGCACUUUGUGACUGAACUUUUGGAUUUAUAAAUCAUGAACUGAGCUGAGCAGCUCCACCAAAGGAAGGGUGUGAUGUCUCCCUGGUGCCUAAUGACAGCGCUUACUGAGGGGGUCGAUGGAUCCAGCCAAGACCUCCUUGAAUCUGACUUUUUAUCCAAGAGCCAGGCGAAGGUAGCUUGGAUUGGAUGGUGGCAAUAGGACGUUGACUCUUGCCACAUUGAACUCCAUCAUAACCAUUGGGUGGUGCCUCGCCGCAAAUGACUUGACUUGGUAAUUGUACCUCCAACACCCCUUGCUACCAAAUGGUGGUAGCGCCUCAACUCAUGAUCUGAAAGACAGCCAGCUUUAGAUGUAUGAAUAUAAAACCAAUGUGAAUCAUGGGAUUUUUGUUUUGUUUUUGUGCCUGGUGGCCCCUUUUUGCCCUGCCGAGAGUAGGUACUGGGCUGUUCUGUUCACUCCUUGUUCCAAUGACCUGAUGAUUACUGUAAUAUAUUUUUGUCAUGAUGCCCCUUUCUAGCUUGCAGAUGAGAACAGAGGGGUUGGGAUGGUUAUAGGGUGGGGUGCACUUGGAUGAUGACCAACAGGUUUAUUUGUACUGUACCUCAAUUUUGUAACUGAUGUUAGGCUAGGUAGGACGAUUAUUCACUUACACUGGCUCACGGGUGUAUGGGAGGAAGCAGAGUUAAAUUUCCCCUAGACUCUGAUCUUGGGUCAGUUUUGCAGUUUCCCAACUAAUGUUAAGGUUAGGAUUUGGGGAGGGGAAGCUGAUCCUAGAUCUGUACCUAAGGGACAAAAGGCCACAGUGCUCUACGGUCAUAUCCUGUACUGAAUACGUGUCCCUCUCUCUACCAUACUCUUUGUUACACGGCAGCUGUGCAUUGAGUCUACUCGCAGGGAGUUAAAUGCUGUUGCUGAAUUCAAGGGUCACGUCAAAACACUUUGGUUUACCCCACCCACCCCCAUUGGCAUAGUUGGUUAGGCCAACCAGAAUGAAUGCACGUUCUGCGUUUUGUUUUCUAGCCCAGUUUCUCUAUCAGGUCAACUCUUGUACAGGUGUAGUCAGUUUACACCUCACCAGACACACAGCCUUGUCUCUGUUCGCUGCAUUGAAGUCGCCUUCCGUCUGCCUUUUGAAGAAACCACCUUCAGCUGUAUAGAAAUAAAGUGUUUGUCAUGGAACUGCUCAUUCCUGGUGCGAUGAGCUGAGUGGGAGACAUUGGAUUAUGUAAGAGGAGCGUGAAAAUAUGACACAGCAGUAGCAGUCAUCCACUUUGUUUUGAUUGACUCACUACUUUAAUUACUCUCCACGAAAUGCUUCCACCUGCUGGACGUAAUGAGUAGCUACAGGGUGUGGAUUUAACUUCGAUGGACUCGAUCCAAAAUAUGUUAUAAUUAGCUGUAUUAAUAAUAAACAAUUUUGUUAUCAGAG